AUGCCUGAUUUCACGGAUAACCUUCGCCCAAGCCAGCCAGAUGGACCAACAACACUCGCCCGCGAGCGUCAACAAUCCAACAUCGCCACCGAAGAACUAGGACAACAUUUAUUGGCUUCGGAUGGAUUUUUGGAACGGCAAGCUCGGAUCCUGCCCAUCAUCCAACAAGAGCCACUUUUCUCCAAAGACCAGCAACAAAACCUCUCCAGACCGGAAAGGUUCAAGCUAGGAGUUGCGCGCGCAAAGCUCUUGCGCCGAAUGAGAGACACGCACAAAUGGAGCUACCUUGAAUACCAAAUGGCCGAGUACCUGGUCGACGACGUGUCGCCCUACUUCCUGCACAUGGAGAUGUUCAUCACGACCAUCCGUGAACAGGCCAGCGAGGAACAACAAGCGUACUGGCUGCCAUUGACCGAGUCAUGGAAGAUCAUCGGUGCAUAUGCACAGACAGAACUGGGACAUGGAAGUAAUGUCCGUGGCUUGGAGCUUGAGGCGCGAUGGGAUAGCCGGACCAAGGAGUUCGUGUUGCAUAGUCCGACUCUUACCGCGAGCAAAUGGUGGAAUGGAAGUCUGGGCCGUUUAGCUAACCACGCUAUUGUGGUUGCGCAAUUGCUUCUCCCGGAUCCUGGAUCGCCGGAUAAAUACGUCUCGCAUGGCCCUCAUCCGUUUAUUGUGCAGGUGCGGGAUAUGAAGACACAUCAACCAUUGGAUGGGAUUGUUGUAGGAGAUAUUGGUCCGAAAUAUGGUUAUAUUACUAUGGACAAUGCGUAUAUGCUGUUUGACCAGUUCAGAAUCCCACAUUCUGCUAUGUUAUCACGGUACUCGAAUGUAGAUCCCAACACAGGGAUUUAUACCAAACCAGAGAAGCCAGCCUUGAUCUAUGGUUCACUGACCUAUGUGCGGUCGAACAUGGUCCACCGCGCUAGACUCGUCCUCGCACGGGCAGUUACCGUUGCAGUGCGGUACAGCAGCGUGCGACGCCAGUUCCAAGAUCGAGACGGCGACAAGAAGGGACCAGAAAUGUCUGUUCUGGACUAUCCGACUGUCCAAAUUCGAAUUCUGCCUCUCCUUGCUACGACCUUUGCACUCCACUACACAGGUCUUGCCAUGCAGACAGUGUACAAAAACGCACGACAGGAUAUCGAGAAGGGAAAUUUCAAUUCCUUGGCUCAUAUGCACAGCAUGUCUUCCGGAUUGAAAAGCCUGUGCACUAUCCUCGCCGCGGAUGGCAUUGAGACAUGUCGACGGGCGAUGGGUGGCCAUGGGUUUGGUGGUGGGAGUGGCUUGAUCCAGGUUAAUAAUGAUUACCUCUCCAAGCCGACUGUUGAGGGAGAUAAUUGGAUGAUUACGCAGCAGGUUGCAGCAUAUUUGAUCAAGAAGAUGACUGCUGCUGUCGAGUCGCCUGAUACUGCUAGUCUUGAUGAGACUGAUUCUCGAUUUAAAGAGUUUAUCCGCAACAAGCGUCGUCUAGGAUCGGAAAAGAGAACAUACAAUAUCCUGAACAGUGAUUUGGACAUCGUUAAGAGCUUUGAGCUGAGAGCCACUGCCAUGGCAUACGAUGCAUACGAACAAAGAGUUAUCAAGAAACAAAACUGGAAUAGUCUUCUAAUCCAGCUCCACAAACUAAGUCGGGCACAAUCCGAAUCGAUCAUCGUCGCAACCUUCUUCGACGCCCUCUCCAACGACAAAACCCUCUCAGCACCCAUCAAAACCGUCCUAUGGGACUGCUUCCGCCUAUUUGCAUUAUACAGCAUGGAGAACGAAAGUUUCGAAUUCUUCCGCUCAAACGCCGUCUCCCAAGCAGAUUUGAAUACCAUAGCUAGUCGAGUCCAAGAUCUAAUGGCCCGUAUCCGACCACAUGCAGUGAAACUGGUUGAUUCAUGGAUGAUUCCUGAUUAUUUACUGGAUAGUGCGCUGGGCCGAUAUGAUGGCCGUGUUUAUGAGGAUCUAUUUAACCGUGCCCAUCGGUUGAAUCCGCUGAACAGGAUCACUUUCAAUCCGAAUUAUUGGGAGGAUGAGAUAGUUAAGGGGAGUGGGGAUAAUGGGGGCGGUAUCUUGUCGAAGUUAUAG